UUGCAAUUGCAUAAAUGGUCUCCACCACCGCCUCGCCAUUUCCCUCGAAAACCAGGAAAAAAUACGGAGCUCCGAGAGAGAUACAGAAAGAGAGAAUCCUGAAGAAAUUUCGGCUAAACCUUCAUCGUUUAGCCCUUAUUCUCUCUUUUCGUUUCUCUCUUUAGCGCUACCUCCGAUUUCUUCAACAUUCAGCUUUCUUCGUCGGCCAGAUUGGUGCAUAUCUGCCAUUACUCCCUCGCCAGUUCUUAAACUCGGUCUUCGAUCUUCUUGAGUUAUACCAAAAUGGUGUUCUGGGUUUUUGGCUAUGGUUCGUUGGUGUGGAACCCGGGAUUUGAAUAUGAUGAGAAAGUGAUAGGCUUUAUCAAGGAUUACAGACGAGUAUUUGAUCUUGCAUGCAUUGAUCACAGAGGUACACCUGAACGUCCUGCGAGAACUUGCACAUUGGAAAAUGUUGAAGGAUCUGUUUGCUGGGGUGCUGCUUACUGUGUUCGUGGAGGACCUGAAAGGGAAAGACUAACAAUGGAGUAUUUGGAACGGAGAGAAUGUGAAUAUGAUAAGAAAACCCUUGUAGAAUUUUACAAGGAAGGGGAUCACUCGCGACCUGCUUUAACAGGAGUCAUAGUUUUCACUUCCACUCCGGAUAAAAUAUCAAACAAGUACUACUUGGGACCUGCUCCCUUGGAGGAAAUGGCUAGCCAAAUUGCAACGGCCCAUGGACCUUGUGGGAAUAACAGAGACUACCUAUUCCUGUUAGAAAAAGCCAUGUUUGAUAUUGGUCAUGAAGAUGACAUGGUGAUUGAAUUGGCAAAUGAAGUGAGGAAGGUACUUGUUGCGCUUAAUUCCUAUGUUCCAGCCCUUAAACUACGUCCACUCACGGAAGCUGUGGCGCUGGAUUCUUAAUAUUGAAGACAGAUAACUGAAGGAAAGGGGGGCAUAAACCAGAGCUCCACUAACUUGAUUACACUCCUGGAGAAUCCUCUCUGUUUUUUCGUUUUUUACACCCUGCCAAAAGAUUAUUAUUAUUAUUAUUAUUUUUUUUUCGUAUGUUCCCGUCAUUGCUUCUUAGUUAUUAGCAUCCACUUGUCUGUUUAGGCUCAUAGCAUUGCUGUGUCUCUAACAUUAACCAUAGUGUUUGAGCAAAAGAGAUGUAACUGGCCAACGGCCGCCCGCUAUAAACAAUGAUAAUUUUUAUUUUUGAGAACAAUGAUAAAUGAUAACUGGUGAUUCCUUCAA